AUGACGACUGAUACCGCAGUUAGAAGUGACCAGGCUGGUAACUCUAAGCAAAGGUGGGCAAUGCGAAUUACCAUUGGAGGAGAUUCCGGAAUGAUCGAGCUGAUUAAAAGCGAUUCGGAUAAGGGACUUGACGACCUUCUCUAG